UCUCAAUCAGGUUUGUAGCGGAAAGUGAAAAAAAAAGAGAUGAGCCACAACCAUCGCAACUCUCCUACUCCACCUUGAAAGUGUUUAUGUAGCGGUUCGCUCAUUCUUUUUCGCACAUGUUCUGCAAAAUUUGACAUAUCCGAGUGUAAAGAUGCACUUCAUGUUGCUGUUCAGUCGCCAGGGCAAGCUGAGGCUUCAGAAGUGGUAUGUGCCCAUAGCGGACACCCAGAAGAAGAAGAUCGCCCGUGAAGUUAUACAGAUGGUGCUGGCUCGCAAGCCCAAAAUGUGUAGCUUCCUAGAGUGGAGGGAUCUUAAAAUCGUUUACAAAAGAUACGCAAGUUUGUAUUUCUGCUGCGCUGUGGAGGACCAGGAUAACGAGCUGAUCACCCUGGAGAUCAUCCACCGCUACGUCGAGUUACUAGACAAGUAUUUUGGCAGCGUGUGUGAGCUGGACAUCAUCUUUAACUUUGAGAAGGCCUACUACAUCCUGGACGAGUUCAUCCUGGGCGGAGAGGCGCAGGAGACCUCCAAGAAGAAUGUGCUGAAGGCCAUUGAACAGGCCGACAUGCUUCAAGAGGAAGCCGAAGCUCCGCGCAGCGUUCUGGAGGAGAUAGGGCUCACAUAAAGCGCCGACGUCCAAUCAGAUCGCUGCAGGAACACUGACCAGACAUACUCCCUCGGCCCCUGGGACGGGUAGAGGUGCUAUAUGUAUGUCACUCAAAACUGACUGGACAACCAUCCACUGCCUUAAACAUACUCAAUCUCAAUUUGUACCUUUUCUGAACGUGACACUUGUUUCCUUUACGGUUUCCAAUGUGUGUUUUUACGUAAUGUAGUCUCCAAAGAAAGGUGCAUCUGCCAUUCAAGGCAAACAUACUGAAGACGACUCCGUGCAGACAAGAGUAUUAGCACUAGGGAUAAUUGGGAUUAUGUGUAGCAUGACCUGAACACUGUUACGUAGAUUUUACAAUGCGUUUUGAAAGUGUCAUUUGAAUAGUGUGGCUUUAUGUUUACAAAUUAGAAAACAAACAUUCCUUCUAGACUUGUCUUGGUUGUCUCCAUGUGUCCUCAGUAUUAACAGUACGAUGUCAAGAAUAGUGCAUCAGAGUCAUCACUGUAUGUGUAUUAAAAACAUUACCAAACCA